GGGCGGCCGCGGCGCAGACGGGCUGCGGCGAAGGGGCGCUCCCGCCACUCGGAGCGGGCGGAGGGAGCGUGGGGGCGGAGCGGUUCCCCCCCCCGCCCCCCCCGUUCCCCGCCGCCCUCGGAGGAGCAGCCGCGGGUGGGCGGGGAGCUCCCCCUCCCCCGGGGCCACGCGUCGUGCCCACCCCCCCGGGUGCCCGGGGAGCGCCGUGGGCGAGCCCGGGGGCACCGGGGGAAGUUGAAGGCUGCCUCCCCCCCCCCCCCCCCGCCCCCGGGAGGGCUCCGCUCCGCCGGCUGCGAGGGGGCGGGCGUCGCCGGGUGCCCGAGGAGGAGCCCCAGCAUCCCGGGCGGCGGGGAGAGCCGGUAGAGCGGAGGGGCUUCAUGGGCGGCUCCGGCCAACAUGGUCCUCGCCCUCAACGGCAGUCACCUCUACGGUAACCUCCGGCCCUCGGCCCUGGCGGACCCGCGGGCGCUGGGCGGCGGCAGGAUGAUCGCCGGCUCCUGGCCCCCGCGCAGCCUGGCCAGGCUCGGCCCGUCGCCCCCCGCCCCGUCGGCGCUGCCCACGGCGAGCCCCCUCCCCGCCAACGACUCGCAGUGCGGGGAGCAGAUCCUCAGCUACGGCAACGUGGAGAAAGUUGUCAUCGGGGCCGUCCUCUCCCUCAUCACCCUGCUGACCAUCGCCGGCAACUGCCUGGUGGUCAUCUCCGUCUGCUUCGUGAAGAAGCUGCGGCAGCCCUCCAACUAUCUCAUCGUCUCGCUGGCCCUGGCCGACCUCUCGGUGGCCCUGGCCGUCAUGCCCUUCGUCAGCGUGACCGACCUCAUCGGCGGCGAGUGGAUCUUCGGGCGCCUUUUCUGCAACGUCUUCAUCGCCAUGGACGUCAUGUGCUGCACGGCCUCCAUCAUGACUCUCUGCGUGAUCAGUAUCGACAGGUACCUGGGAAUAACGAGACCUCUUACGUACCCUGUGAGGCAGAACGGGAAGUGUAUGGCCAAAAUGAUCCUCUGCGUGUGGCUCUUAUCUGCCUCUAUCACUAUACCCCCGCUUUUUGGUUGGGCCCAAAACGUAAACGAUGAAAAGGUUUGUUUGAUCAGUCAAGACUUCGGCUACACCAUUUACUCCACGGCAGUCGCAUUUUAUAUUCCGAUGUCAGUGAUGCUUUUCAUGUACUACCAGAUUUACAAAGCUGCGAAGAGGAGUGCUGCUAAACACAAGUUUGCUGGUUUUCCCCAGCCAGAAGAAACAGAAGGGAUUUCUAUGAAUGGAAUUGUAAAACUGCACAAGGAAUCUGAAGAAUGUACUAAUUUUUCACGACUCCUAAAGCAUGACAAGAAAAACAUUUCCAUCUUUAAAAGGGAACAGAAAGCUGCCACUACGCUUGGGAUUAUUGUUGGGGCUUUCACUGUCUGCUGGCUGCCCUUCUUCCUCCUCUCGACCGCCAGGCCCUUCAUCUGCGGUACAGCAUGCAGCUGUAUCCCGCUGUGGGUUGAGAGAACAUUUCUAUGGUUGGGGUACGCAAACUCUCUCAUUAACCCUUUUAUAUAUGCCUUCUUCAAUCGGGACCUGAGGACAACUUACCGCAACCUACUGCAGUGCAAAUAUAGGAAUAUCAAUCGGAAACUAUCAGCUGCAGGGAUGCAUGAGGCUCUGAAGCUUGCAGAAAAGCCAGAAUUUGUUCUGUAAGGUCAUUCAUCCUUUACUACAAUAAUUUAUUGAUUUAUCACAUUAGCUUCUUCCCCACAGCUUUGAAAGAAGAGUUAUGGGAAGAUCCAGGCUCCUUGAGCACUGUUAUUGAAGUCACCAAGAAACUGGAAGGUAGCGGGGCUAAUUCCUGCACAGCCCACGAGUGCUAGCGAGCCUGGAGAAGCAAGAUGACCAUCUAAAGAACUUAGGAAGGGGGAGGGUAAAAGGCGGUGCAGGACGUUUGAGUUGCUAGUGAGGAAAGAGCAAAGUUGGCCUAACCCAUUUGUUUGGCCCUUGGCCCCAGACGACUUUUAGUAGGUCUGAAUGUUGGAUGCGUCUUGUAUCCUAGAGUUUUUUUUCUGUAAUAAAGGCCUGAGAAUGGUGAAAAGUUCA